CAACUCACGUUGCCCUUCUGAGGGGAAAGAAAAAUAGGCCUAAAUAAAUAAAUCGUAGGCUACAGUGGAUGCAGAAUUUCACGUAGGCCUAGAUAAAAAAAAAUCGCAAAGCCUCACUCACUUCCAUUCGAGCACCGAAAGUGAAAGUCAGUAGCCUAGGGGAAGGGCAAACUCUGUUUACGUGGGCACCUGAGCUGAGCCUGCAUGAGCGGCAGCGUCCCUAGAAGGAGAUUGUCGCGGUUGUCGGGUGAGACGACUCAAAGUUGUCGGAAAAGGCUAUUGUUCGAAGGCAAGAUGCCCACUGAAAAGAGGCGGAUUCAGGAGAGGGAGAGACAAUUCAGGGAGGCAGCAAAGGGCAGCACAUCACUGCAGGGUUGGCUGCGAAAAAGCCAACCAGCAGUUAACAUGGAAUGGACAAUUUAACAUCAACUAAGAUUAUCAACACAGACGGAAGCUUGGGAGGGUCUGCCAAAGUCAUUACUGAGACAGUAACCACUUCAACCAGGCUGACAUCAUUACCUCCAAAGGGCGCCAGUAGUGUUCAGGUGGUCUCCUCCAGCAGCUCCUCAGGCAGAGGAGGGACAGCGGUGGAGAGGAGAGUCGUCACUCAGAGCAGCGGAGCCAGCUAUGCCAGCUCCUCCUUGUCCAGUGGUCUCUCAAUAGAGAGUGAGGAGAGGUUCGAGGGGGCCACAGGUGGGGGUUUCACCUCCACCUCCACCUCCACCUCCACCUCCACGGUGAGUGGCAGCGCAGACUUGAAGGGCUCGAAGGGCUCCACCACCACCACCACCCGAAUCAUCUCCACAGGCGUCUCUUCUCCAUUCUCAUUCUCAUCCUCAUCGGCCCUGCCUGAAGGGCUCGGCUCAGGAGCAAGCAGCACCUCCCGUUACCUGUCAGCGGCAGGUGAAGGAGGAGGAGGAGGAGUUGAGUCGGCGAUGUCUUCAGGAGCCGGAGGGUCCAGCUCGGUCACCGUCACCAAGUACAGCAGCUCGUCCACCCAGGGGUCUGCAUUGUCCGCGUCCAUCGGCGGUGGAGAAGGAGGAGAGAGUUCGAGCUCCACCACCGUCACCAAAUACAGCUCCUCUUCAGGAGGUUCUUCAUCUUUGAGUGCAGGAGGAGGAGGAGGAGGAGGAGGAGGAGGGUCUAGUUCCACCAACGUCACCAAAUACAGCUCCUCUUCGGAAGGAUCUUCAUCAGGAGGAGGAGGAGGGUCUAGUUCCACCACCGUCACCAAAUACAGCUCCUCUUCAGGAGGUUCUUCAUCUUUGAGUGCAGGAGGAGGAGGAGGUGGAGGAGGGUCUAGUUCCACCACCGUCACCAAAUACACCUCCUCUUCGGGAGGUUCUUCAUCAGGAGGAGGAGAAGGAGGAGGGUCCAGUUCUACCACCGUCACCAAGUACAGCACCAGCUCAGGUUCUUCAUCAGCCAUGUCUUCCUCCGGAAGAGGAGGAGGAGGAGGAGGAGAGGUGACAUCCAGCACCAGGCUCACCAAGUACAGCUCGUCCGGCGGAGGGUCGUCCAGCCUCACCAAGUACAGCUCGGCUGUCGGGAGUUCCCUGGGGGUCGGAGGAGGGUCCAGCGUCGUGGCGGUCACCAAGUACAGCGCCUCAUCCAUGGGCAUGGGCGGAGGGGUCAGUGGGAGGAAAGGCUCGGCGUCCUCCGCCGCCACAUACUCACCACCCCCUGUGGUGAAGAAGACGAUGCUCACCGCGCGCUCGGAAAGCUACGAAGGAAGUUCCAGUCCGAACUCGUCCCCCGAGUACACAAGGAAAGAGUAUGCUGCAGCCAGCGCAGCCACUAGGGGGCGCACCCACACCAGAGAGAGUGAGAUCCGGGCAAGAUUGCAGAGUGCUUCUCCUUCAGCAAGAUGGACUGAGCUGGAUGAUGUCAAGAGGCUGCUGAAGGGUCGCUCUGAGAGCAUCAGUCCUCCACGCUCACCAACAAACACCCUCCCCAUCCCCAAGAAGGCCAGCGUCUCUGACGCACAAUCAGCCCAGUAUGACAGCUCUACUCUGGACUCUACCUACAUGUCCUCGGGGAGCUACGGCUACCACACCAGCGCCAAGAACAUGAGUCCUAUCGGCACCCUGCAAGCCAGCACAGUUUCUGGCCUGCAGAACAACAUGAACCUGAGUGCUGCCUCCAUGACUGCUGGACUCACAGCUGGCAGUGCAGUCUAUGGAAUGCAGAACAACCUGUCCACCACCUCUGGGGGCGCUAUAACUUCAAACGGUCUCGGUGCUCACACAGUGUACGGUGUCCAGAAGAACGUUGGAACUGCUGGUCUGUCCUCCGCAGCAGUGGUGCCCAGUAGUCCCGCGCCGAGCGUCGACGUCUUCGCCAAAGACUUCAAGUUCACGCUGCUGGAGAAGGAGAAUGCGCGGGCCAAGAGAGAGACGGAGCGACUGAUCAUGUCCAAGGACAGUGGAAAGCAGUUCACCACCACGACCACAACCAGCGGCUCAUACUCUGAGGACUCCCUGAAGAAGGAGAAGAUGAAGGUGUCCAGCACAACUGAAACCACCACAGCCAAGGCAGACACAAGCAUUUCAAUCACAAAAGCAGCAACUAAGGACAAGGCCACUUAUGCAGAGAUCCGUAAGGAUGAGAGUGGGGCCGGGGGUGCCCUGGGCUUCUGCUCCUGGUGGAAGUGGCUGCUGGGGAUGCUGCUGCUCUCCCUCCUGUCCCUGGGCCUGCUGUGUGGCCUCAUCGCUCUGGCGGACGAUGUGCGGCAGCUGAAGGCCCGCGUGGACGCGCUCGAGGGCAAUGUGGGCGGCGUCUCUUCGGCCAGCGCCAGCCGCUUCCAGGCCGGCCCGUCCACCGUCAACAUCGUCGACCCGCUGGACUUGGCGUACGCAGAGCGGGGCGGCGUCGUUCGCGCUGACAACACCAUCCAGCUGGGGUCAUCCGCUCAGGGCCAGGGCUCGGCCGCAGUGGACCCGGUCAGCCUACAGCGCACCGUGCAGCACCUUCUGAGAACCGAACUGCAGUCCGAGUCUGUGCGAGCUGCACUAGCCUCAUCAAUGAAGGGGGAGAGAGGAGAACCUGGACCUAAAGGUGACUCUGGACAUCCUGGUGCUAAAGGAGAGGCAGGGUUCCCUGGGAUGCCAGGUCCUCCUGGUUUGCUGGGACAUCCCGGACAGGAAGGACCCAGAGGUCCCAAGGGAUCUCAAGGUGAUGCCGGUGCUGACGGGCUGCCAGGCCAGAGGGGUCGUGAGGGACCAGCGGGGCCCCGUGGGGAGCCGGGCCCGCCGGGCGUCGGAGAGAAAGGAGAGAGAGGUUCCGCAGGAGAACCUGGUGCUCCAGGACCUGCUGGGCCAUCAGGACCAGCUGGCCCCAAAGGUGAGGCAGGAGGACAUGGCGCCCCCGGUCUUCCAGGUAGUCCUGGUCCUCAGGGUUUCCGUGGAGACGCUGGAGAACCUGGGCCAAAGGGUGACAAAGGGCCAGCAGGUCCGCCUGGAAACAAAGGUGAACAUGGUGAGAAAGGUCCUCGGGGUUCAGCAGGAGAGCCUGGUCAACCUGGUCCAGCAGGACCAUCCGGAGAGAAAGGACCUAAAGGGUCUGUGGGUCUUCCUGGAGCAGAUGGCCAGAAAGGCCCCCGAGGUGAACAAGGACAAAGUGGUUUACAAGGACCUAGAGGACCAGCAGGCCCACCAGGAGAUACAGGAGCACCAGGAACCCCAGGCCUACAAGGACCCCCAGGUCUACCAGGACUUUCAGGAAAGCCUGGAGACAAAGGAGAAGCCGGUGAACCUGGUAAAGUCAUUAAUGCCGCUGGUUUCAGUUCUGUGGCUAUCCCCGGGCCCCCCGGUCCAGCAGGGUCUCCUGGUCCUGCCGGUCCUCCUGGCUUGUCAGGUCCUAUCGGUCCUGCUGGCCUUCCUGGUCAAUCUGGAGCCAAGGGUGAGAAGGGUGAGAAGGGAGAAAAAGGAGAAAAAGGAGAAAAAGGAGAAAAGGGAGAGAAAGGAGAUGGUGUUGCACCUGGAGUUUCAGCGAAGAGCACAGAAAAGGAUGCAGAGAAUCCUGAACCUGCUCCUGGGAAACCAGGUCCCCCUGGACCUCCUGGACCCCCAGGCCCUCCAGGUGAGGGUAAAGCCGGUCCUCCCGGACCUCUUGGACCUGCUGGGCCACCAGGAGCGGCAGGAGCUCCUGGUCCACCUGGUCACCCAGGGCCAAAGGGAGAGCCAGGCGAGGAUGGCAAACAAGGAUACAGAGGAGAGCCAGGUCAGCCAGGUUCACCUGGUCCCCUAGGAGAGCCCGGUCUUGGCGUUCCAGGGCAGCCUGGACCUCCAGGACUCCCAGGAUCCCAAGGCCCAGAGGGCUCACAAGGCCCAGAAGGACCCCAGGGACCAGAGGGUCCUGAAGGUCCACAAGGUCCAAGAGGUGAAGCUGGUAUUCCUGGUGCCCCUGGAAUUCCGGGUUAUUCCAGCAAUCAGGGAUCACCCACUCCAGGACCACCAGGACCUCCUGGACCCCCAGGACCCCCGGGGGCUCCUGCAGCAGCCUCUGAAUCUGUUGGCCAGCAGAUCACUGAGUACCUCCAGAGUGAUGGUAUCAGGAGUUAUCUGGCGGGUCCCCCUGGUCCCCCAGGCCCUGCUGGUCCUCCUGGAUACCCUGGAGGCUCUUCUGCCUCCGUGGAUGACAUUGCUGCCCACGUCCUUAGCUAUGUUCAAAGGGCGGGUGCAGACGGUCGCCCUGGUCCUCCAGGACCUCCAGGACCUCCUGGUGGUGCAAGCAGUCCGUCCAUCAACGACAUCAUUUCCAUUAUGCAGAGAGAAGAGGUGAGGAGGAUUUUGAUUGGACCUCCUGGACCGCCCGGAGCAGCAGACCCACAGGAAGUGGCUUUGCGUGUCCUCAGCAUGUUGAAUGAGCGAGGAUUGGUUGGGAGGCCAGGACCCCCCGGUCCUCCUGGUCCUCCAGGAUUGCCUGGAUAUUCCUAUGACAUCUCCUCCCUGUUGCAGAAUUCUGACUACCAGGGCCUUCAAGGACCCCAGGGCCCAGUCGGGCCUCCUGGCCUUCCUGGCCCUCCUGGACCCCCUGGACCAGGGGGAAGAGACCUGGAGAACAUUCGGGACUAUCUGACCACGGUUGGUCUGAAAGGGUCCCCUGGCCCUCCUGGACCACCUGGCCCUCAGGGGCCCCCCGGAGGGGUGAGACAAGGACUGGUGUCAUACGCCUCCAACGAGAACAACAACAUUCAGGCAGAGGUCCAGAAGUACUUCAAAAAUCAUAACUUGGCAGGACCCCCAGGGCCGCCUGGUCCUGCAGGGCCAAAGGGGGAGAGUGGCGAUCCCGGACAUCCCCGAUCCACGCGCUACCGAGGGGCCCACACUGUAGACUACCCCAACGUGGCUCUGAGAGUGACAGACUACAUCAAAUCUCAUGGCAUGCUGCGCGAUGACUUGGAGGAUCGUCCUCAGGUCAUCCAGGGACCCCCUGGACCUCCAGGUCCCCCAGGUCCACCCGGUUCUGACCACAAUGUUGCAGAGAUCAUGGACUACAUGAAGGCACAUGGUGGUCUCGUCGGAUCUCCCGGUAGACCAGGGCUCCCCGGCCCAAAAGGUGAACAAGGUUUCCCAGGGCUUCCAGGACCUCAAGGACCACAAGGGGAGAAAGGUGACGCUGCGUCAGUGAAACACAGACGACGUCGAAGCACUAGAGCAUAAUUCCAAGUAAACAGAUCUCCAUCUGAUGGAUAGAUUAGACCCAGCUACUCUGUCUGUAGUCACUUCAGAAUGGGAUUUUAGUCAACAAACCUGAAAUAAUGAUGUGUAUACACCAAUAGCCAAUGACAAUGAUAUACCUCUUAACAAAACCAUAAUGCGUUUUAGCAAUCCAUCAUAGACUCUGUUUGCACUUGGUUUCAAAAUGAGUUUUAGGGGAUUAGAUCACAAGCGGGCAGUGCUAAAAACUUGCUCAUGUGUUCUGGUGCAUCCCCAACAAGGAGUUGGAAGUGAUGUAAGCAGUAACAAAAUCUGAAUUCAAGUGUCUACAAUGUCUCUGAGUGUACACCUUGGACAUGUGUAAGCAGCAAUGUGUAUCAGCUGUCUCUGUUGCCCCAAACACGUUUUAAAAUGUGUAAACGAUUUUAAAUUACAAAACAAUGAUUUUGUGUAUUAGACUCAGAUUUAGUGUCCACUAUGACAUUACUUUGCAUACUGUUUGUGUUUCUUAUUGGAAAAAAGUAUUUUGCAUAAUCACACUUUUUCUAAGUUUUGUGUAUGAUUUAGCAGCUCUGUAUCCUUGCAUGUUCUUUGCAAGUAGGAUCUGUCAUACUGUGUUCAUAUGUGAGGUGUUUUUAAAAUACGUUUUAAAACAAGUGUGCAAACAAGGCCAUAUGAAAUGAUUUUGUUUAUUAGACUCAGGUUUUGUAUUCACUAUGGCAUUACUGUGCAUUCUUUUGCAAUACUUCUGCAUUGUGUUUCUUAUUGAAAAAAAAGUAUUUUGCAUAAUCAAAUUGUUUUUCUGAACUUUUUUGACGUUUUGUGUAAAUGAUUUUGGAGCUCUGUAUCCUUGCAUGUUCUUUGCAAGUAGGAUCUGUCAUACUGUGUUUAUAUGUGGGGUGUUUUACUACAAAAAUAUGUAUAUUUUUACUCACUUUUGAUAAAAUAUAAUAAUAUGAUAAAAUAAGUGUAGGGACAAGGUAGACUGAGGAUAAUCAUUUGUAUGUCACCUCCUUUUUAAUACAGUCAGAAUAUCCUCUGAAUGUAUGCACUCUACACAAUAAAGCUUUUCUAGGAAAAAAAAACUAUCUUGCUUAACUUUUGUAGAUGAAAAAUAUUCAUUUGCUUUAUUCAGUGAAUCAAACAAUAAUUACAUAAUUAUUUAAUUAGACAUUCAAGAUACAAAUACAUAACCAUGAGCAAAUAAUU